UCUGAUCUUACUGUAAGUUACGAUCUGGAUAAUGAUAAUAUACGUAAAGGAAAUGUUCAGGUCGAGCCGGGGUAGGAUUAUAUAAGUUUGCUUCCUCCCACUCCCUUUCAGGCAAUCUAUCUAUUGUGUAGUGUUAUCCUGUGUUUGACAUGUUUUUAUGGAUGUAAUCUUCGUUUGAUUGAUUGUUUUGCACUUGAAUUAUUUUUUUCUUGAUUGCUUGAAAUAAACCAUUUCUAAUCUAAGCUACCACUACCAUUCUGUGAGUGCAGUGUCAAACCCUUGAUGUCUUUUUGGCCCGGUUCGGUACAGAUAGUGUCCUGAGCCAACCCAGUUAUGUAUUUUUGUGUCUUCAAAAUCAUAAGGAAUUGUUCCUCCAGACUACCCUCAACCAUAUCAUUCUGAAGUCUCUUUAGUAAAAACGUAUAUUAAAGCCGUAGGUUAGGAUAACAACAUGGAGAUCUUGUCUACUUUUAGAUAAAGUUCCUCUUAUUAACUGUGCCGUUAACUUGAGCUUCCCUUCUUUCCUCUCAUGAACUCUCCUGACACAAACAGGAGCAAAGACCUCAGUGUCUCCGAUGGGCUGAGGAAUUGCUCACGCUGGGCCCACACACCCAUGGAGGAGUGCAGCUUUUUGGGAAGUGAUGUUAGAGGGGUCACAGGGUCAGAUUGCUCAUGGCUGAGUGUGUGUGUGAGGGAGGGGACGGGCUGUUCUCCGGCUUAAAUACUAGAUAAAUGCGAUGAAGGCUCAGGGAGUCUACAAACACCAGCUGCAAAAGUAACGGACGAGGAGGAAGAGCUGCGAUGGCAAACCACUGUUUGACUUCUGACGUGGACCUGAGAAGCCGUGAAAACAACUCAUCUCACCGUACGAAGGAAAUCGAUCGGGACCGUUUGAUCGUCCGCAGAGGCCAGCCUUUCUCCAUUGCAGUGCAGAUCUGCGAUUCUGAGUUGCAGAAAGGUCACCUGGAACUGGUCCUGCACCUUGGAAAGAGAGAUGAGGUCGUGAUCAAGGUCCAGAGGCAGCGUAGUAAUGCAGGUCACUGGUGGUUUUCCCAGCAGGCAUUGCAGGACGAAGUGAUGCUGACGUUACACAGCCCACCAGCCGCUAUCGUCGGCCAAUACCGUCUGGCGGUCCUUGUGAUGUCACCAAACGGACACAUUGUCCGGAAAAUUGAGGGAAUCAGCUUCCACUUGCUGUUCAACCCUUGGAACCAAGAUGAUGCUGUAUACCUGCCAGAUGAGACUCAACUGCAGGAGUACCUAAUGAACGAGGAUGGGAUCAUAUACAGCGGAACCGCGGAAUACAUCAGCAGUAUUUCCUGGAACUAUGGGCAGUUCGAAGACAAUAUAAUGGAUAUUUGCUUUGAAGUUCUGGACAACUCCAGAGAAGCUCUGAAGAACUCAGAGAUGGACAUGGAGCGCAGAUCUGACCCGGUGUACAUCAGCAGGAUGAUCACUGCGAUGGUCAAUGCCAACGAUGACCGCGGCGUGUUAGCUGGGAAAUGGGAACCGCCGUACUCCAAAGGAGUGGUUCCAAGCAAAUGGACCGGCAGUGUCCCGAUCCUUCGGCAGUGGAGCAGCUCUGGUGCCAGGGCGGUGAAGUACGGCCAGUGCUGGGUGUUUGCUGGUGUGGCGUGCACAGUCCUGCGCUGUCUGGGAAUCCCCACACGCCUCGUCACCAACUUCUGCUCGGCUCAUGACGUGGACGGGAACCUCUGCGUGGACUUGGUGGACACCUUCAACAGUCGGAAGGACAGCUACUGGAACUUCCACUGCUGGGUUGAGUCCUGGAUGAGGAGACAUGAUCUUCCAAAAGGAAAUAAUGGAUGGCAGAUUUUGGACCCGACCCCACAAGAAAGAAGUGAUGGCGUGUUCUGCUGCGGUCCAUGUCCAGUGACGGCCAUAAAGGAGGGAAACCUGCAAGUGAAGUACGACGCUCCCUUUAUAUUUGCAGAGGUCAACGCUGACAUCACACACUGGAGGGUCCUUCCAGACGGCCAGCGACAGAAGAUCCAUGUUGACCAGAGUUCAGUGGGAAGAAAAAUCAGCACUAAAAGUGUUUAUGGAGACAGCAGAGAAGAUAUCACUCUGCUCUACAAAUAUCCUGAAGGGUCCAAUGAAGAGAGAGCGGUGUUUGAGAAGGCGGGGCGUCGGGUCACACAGUCGACCAAUGAGAUUGCGGAACCUCCACGACUGCAGCUGCUCAUCAAACACGCAAAGCCUGUUUUUGGCUCCGACUUUGACGUGAUCGCAGAGGUGAGAAACAACGGAGACGAAGACGCUCACAUUCAGCUGAUGGUGCUGGCCACAGCUGUGACGUACAACUCCCUCCACCAGGGGGAGUGCAAGAGCCAGACGAUCCGUGUGAAGGUGGCAGCUCACGCAGGCCACAGAGAAGUGCUGCGUCUGCGCUACAAGGAUUACGCCACGUGUGCCUCCGAGCAUCACCUGAUCAGGGUGAAAGCCUUCGCCGAGGCUCAGGGGCAGAACCAGCCCUUCAUGACUAUGACUGACAUCCCACUGAGCGUCCCUGAGCUGCUCGUACAGCUUCAAGGGAAGGCUGUGGUCCAGCAGCAAGUGACGGCAAACAUCUCCUUCACCAACCCUCUGCCCGCCCCUCUGAAGGGGGGCGUUUUCACGGUGGAGGGGGCAGGCUUGCUAUCAGCUGCUCCGAUCCAUGUGGAAGGAGAAAUCUUCCCGGGCCAGAAAGUGGAGAUACGCUUCUCCUUCUCCCCCGUCAGGACGGGUGUGAGGAAGCUCCUGGUGGACUUCGACUCGGACCGACUGAAGGAUGUGAAGGGAACCGCCACCGUGGUGGUACGCAAGAAAUCCAGAGCUUACAUCCCAGGGAUUUCUGGUAUUUUUGGAAACCUUGGAUUGCUUCAUGCGACUCGACUGACGGGGUUUCCUUCUGGAAUCUGAAGAACGGCUCAGCUGCUCACGCCUUACUGUAGCCUGAAAUUCUGUGGGAUCAGACCCGAAAUUCAGGUCUGAUCCCACAAACCGAGCAGCUGGAGAAAGCAAAGUCAAAGUUACAUUUAUGAAGUUACUGAAGUACAUUUUUAAAAACAUACUUCUUACUACUGUGUAUUAGUUUAACCAUCAUUUACUUAAAUACAUAUGUGUAUGUGAAUAUUCAUGCCACAUUAUUGACUUAAUUUUAGAGCAACCUAAAGCAAAAUGAAAAUGAAAAAUUCAAUAUUAUUUUUAUUAUAAAACAAAUCAAAGCUUUGACAACUGUUACCAGCUAAAUGAAAUCAACUCUUUAAGGUUCAGUUGAAUUAUCUUUAAAAUCAAACAUGAACACAUAUUUUCCAAAUGUUCCAAAUAAAAUGAAUAAUGUCCUUUUAUUCUUUUCAGUUUCUUUUCUUUCAAUGUUCAAACAUAAAUUCCAUAAAACUUAAAUCCACAAGGAAAUAUAACAUAAAUAAUCUCACCAAAAUGGAGGUCCUUGUAGUUUCCAGCCUUAAUCUCUAUUUCUUGAGUCGAUUAUCCUCGUAGUCUUCCCCAGACUUUUCUGCUUGAUUCCUCCUCUUUUUUUUCUUUGUUUAAUAAACUUUAUUGUAAACGUCAGUUUCAGUACAAAAAAUUGUGAAAAAUAGUCAUUAAUACACAUUGUAUAUCUAUACAAAUGGUAAAAAAAUAAAAUUAAAACAUAAAAACAAAAUGCCAGGGGUAGAAACAUACAAAACAUGACAUAGUGAGUAAAUAAAAGUAGGAUAAAAAAAUUGCAGAGUUUAAAUGAUUUUUUACUGAAAACAAAUUUCAAGACAUUUCAUAGCCUUUGGGGUUUUAAAAAAAAAAUUGAUUCAAUAUUUAGUUUGGGUUCCACCAGGAACAAGGAAAACUUUGGAAUUUUGCUAGAAAGUUUGCAUUUCUGGAUGUAAAAUUUAGCAAGUAAAAUGAAUAAAUGUAUCUUGAUUCCUCCUCCGCCCACCCAAAGACUUUAUUCUAAACUCACUGGUGACUCCGCCCACUUUCUCCAGUUUUCAUGUAACCUGACAAAGUAUGUUGUUCACCUUCCGCCACAGAAAAAGCAGCUUUUACGGUUUUACACAGCAGAUUUUCACGCUGUGAGUCCUUUCUGACACAAUCUUGAAUUGUAUUGGGGCUGGGGACUGGCACAGGGAAACCAAAACUUGAUGAAAACUUUUAGAUUUAUGCUAGAGGAAAAUAUUUUUCAAACAACUAUUUUUGCUCACUGAAAACCUUUGUGACAAUGGGACAAGGUUUCCCUUAAAUUGACGAAUAGAGAAGUCCAAAUCAUCUAUGACAACAGAGAAAAAAAAACAGACUUCGGCCUUAAACCAUCAAACAUACUAACACUGGAGAGUUAGCAUAAUCAUUUCUCAAAUCUCAAAUGUUCUUAUUUUUGUCCACUUUUUUAAUUCUACAAACACAGUUUAGCCAUCUAGUAAUAAGAAAAAAGAGCUUUACAUGCCUAAGAAUGAUUUCAAAACCAAAUAUGUCAAACACUUAUGGGAAAGAAGGAUGCUACAAGCAGGGUUGCCAGAUGGAGUCAUGGUUUUUCAGCCCAAAAGUCAUAAAAAAAAAA